AUGGAAGCUCAGAAGAGUGUCCCGUCCCGUCCCGUCCCACCAUACUUCACAGAUCCAUUACUCCACCCUGAUCGCAACGCGGCGUGGCUAGCCGCCAUGGCUCCGUUCUGGGAAUUCCGAGUUCACUCCGAGCCCAACCGGCACCCGCAGCUCGGCAGAAAGCCGCGGCCCAGCGCGCUUCUCAUCCCCGAACCCAUCGACCCUCCGCCCACCCCGCGCCCCUCCGCCUCCCAUCCCCCACGCCCCUCCGCGCCGCUCCCUAAAAUCCGCAACGAGCCUCUUUGGUUCAAUCAGCCGCCGCCUUUCAUCGCCAGCCAACCAGUAGCGCCCAUCGCCGAGCCCGCCGUUUCGUCUUUUCCGCCGUCCCUCGCGCCGCCUCCCGCUCCGCGCCCUGCGCAGGGGCGGAAGCCGCGUCAACGCCCGCCGCGCCAGCCUAAGAUCUGGGACCUCCUCCCAGAGCUUCCUCCCGCGCCGCGCCCGUAUAAGUUCCGCCAACCCUCCGUCGGCGACGUCGCUUCCGCCCCGCUCGCACACCCUCACGGCCAGCCGUUUGCGUCGCCGUUCUGGCAGCCGGCUCCGCGGAACCCUAGCCGGCAGGUUUCAAUCGGUUUCCCGACAGCGGGUGCUGGCGGUGUUAUAGAUCUGUCUACAUGGGGCUCCGCCAAAACCGCAGCACGCGGGGUAGGGACAGUGCGGAGGGGGGAAAGGCCGGGGGAAAUCCCGCAGAUCCAGGUGAAUUCAAGUGCGAGCGCAAAUGCUCGGGAAAAGCGGGAAGCGCAGCAGCCCAGGAACGCAGCCGAAUAUAAAUUCGUCCAGGUCUUCCAGGCUCGAGUUCCCCUUGUGUCGCAGUCGCGUGAAGGGUCGACAGCCGCGGCGCCAAUCGCGGCGCGAGAGGCACCCAGCCGGUUGGCGCCCGAUGCGGUCUGUGGAGCUGCCGCUUCUUCCAGCUCUCGCGUUGAGGAUUUCACACUCUCCUUUGCUGCACCCUCCUCAGAGGAUCCCCCACGGGCCAGGCAGCACAGAGACUCGUGCACCUGCUCGGUGGACUACGCCUCUCUCUGGGGCUCAUUACUCUCUGCUGCUGCAGAAGUUGCAUUGGUGGUUGGAGACGUUGCUUCGCUCAUCGCCCCUCAAUCACCCACGCCUCUUACACUAACAAGCAGUGCCAGACUUCCUCCUGCAUCUGUUAUGGGUGCAUCUGUCACCAGCAUUGCUGCUCUAACUGGGAAGGGUGUAGGGCUGCUGCAGGAUAGCAGUCCUUCGUCGGUCCUCCAAAAUCCUGUGUCCGAUACCUCAUCGGAGCUUAGCCCUGUCACAUGA